AUGUUCCAGCUGCCCAUCCUCAAUUUCAGCCCCCAGCAAGUGGCCGGGGUCUGCGAGACCCUGGAGGAGAGCGGGGACAUUGAGCGCCUGGGUCGCUUCCUCUGGUCCCUGCCGGUGGCCCCCGCGGCAUGCGAGGCCCUGAACAAGAACGAGUCGGUGCUGAGAGCCCGGGCCAUCGUGGCCUUCCACACGGGGAACUACCGGGAGCUCUACCACAUCCUGGAGAACCACAAGUUCACCAAGGAGUCGCACGCCAAGCUGCAGGCCCUCUGGCUGGAGGCGCACUACCAGGAAGCCGAGAAGCUGCGGGGCCGACCCCUGGGGCCGGUGGACAAGUACCGGGUCCGGAAGAAGUUCCCCUUGCCCCGCACCAUCUGGGACGGGGAGCAGAAGACGCAUUGCUUCAAGGAGAGGACGAGGCACUUGCUACGGGAGUGGUACCUGCAGGACCCUUACCCCAACCCCAGCAAAAAGCGAGAACUGGCCCAGGCUACCGGACUUACCCCUACACAAGUGGGCAACUGGUUCAAAAACCGCAGACAAAGAGACAGGGCAGCAGCCGCUAAGAACAGGCUACAGCAGCAGGUCUUAUCCCAAGGCUCGGUGCGCUCGCUGCAGGCCGAGGAGGAGAGCGCAGGGGAGCCGCUGGGGGCCGCCUCCAGCCCCGCAGCCAGCCUGUCCAGCAAAGCGGCCACCUCUGCCAUUUCCAUCACAUCCAGCGACAGUGAAUGUGACAUCUGACACAACAGCCAAGACAGAACAGGGGGAGAGCGAUCGAGCUAAACACAGUGCCUGCCUGCCUGCAGAACACCCUGGCUCGCGUUCCCACUCGGAGCCUACCGCAGGGCGCCAUGAUCCAUGAGCGUGCCCUCUUCCCGUGCGAGCAGCCGGCGCCUUCCGGCUUAGACCCCUAGGAGACUCAUUCACAGAAAUGUUUGUCGCCUUUAUUUAAAAGGAUCUGCUGAACCGAUGCCUCAAAAAGAAAAAUGCCAAGUUGCAAAAUGUUUGAGCGCCUGCCCUGUAUCCCGCGUGGGUAUUUCAUGUU